AUGGCUUCCCGACGAGCAUUGAUGCGCUUCUCUCUGCGCUCCGCAACUACGGCUGCUGUGCGUCGUGCGGCUCCCCUACAUUUCGCCACACCUGCACGCGCGUCGAGCGCCGCUGUCGCCCAGCCCGUAGUGCAGAAGCAGCUCACCCAAAUCCGGUGGCACUCGGCCGAGCACGGCUCGAAGUCCAAGGUCUACGACUUCAAUAGCAUCAAGAAGCUCCUCGAGAACCCCGCCCCCGACUGCACACUGAUCGAUGUGCGCGAGCCGCACGAGUUCGCCGGCGGCUUCAUCCCGACGGCGUAUAACAUGCCGAUCGCUUCGGUACCCGAGGGCAUAUUUCUGCCGGCCGAAGAGUUCGAGGAGCGCUUCGGCUUCGAGAAACCUCCGGCGGGCAACGAGCUCGUGUUCUAUUGUAAGGCGGGCGUGAGGAGUAGCAGCGCGGCUCAGCUAGCCCAGCAAGCAGGAUAUGAGCGCGUGGGCGAGUAUAGGGGGAGCUGGCUGGACUGGGUUAAGAAUGGCGGGGAGACGAGCGAGGGGCCGAAAUGA